AUGAUGCCCACGAAGCACUCACCCAGGCGGAGCCCCAGGCUGGAAGCCUCGGGCGUUCCCGGAACUGCGACCACCACGGCCACAGCAACUGGCACCGCGAUCAGCUCUGCGAGUGUGGCUGGUGAUCGGCAGAGGCCACAGACUCCGAAGGAAAGUGGAACAGCCGCCAGGAAAGCGGCAAGUAACCUGCAGCCCGAAGCGACGGGGCAGACUACGGAUUCCACAACUGUAGUGGCGGCCUUAAUGGAAAGGAUCGCACGUCUGGAGUCGGAGCUGGCGAAGGCAAGAGCAAGUGGAGGACAAGCAGAGGUCGCCAGAGAUCCCGUUCGAAUCGGGGCACGCGGCGUUGGAGUGAGCGGUGCAGCGAAUACACCGCCAUGUUCGAGUGGAACGCUGCCACAUCAUGGAGCAGCGCCACGGCAGAGUUUGAGCGAAAACCUGCCCAGGCAGAUGAGGGACAACCUGCAAACGGAUCUCGGAGUGACGCCAUCGCUGCAGUUGCCGGCACAAGUAAGUGCAAAUUGCCGCCAAAAUGGAGGUGCGAAUUUGGCGCCGAUGCUUGGCGCCCAUUGGGCAAACGGGCAACCUGUGUCGACAACAACAAUACUGCGCUAUUCUCCGCCAUCUUGUGUGACCGCCGCAGCACAGCCGGUGCUAGGUUACGUUCGCCCAGAGGUACCUGCGCCAUCGCCCAUAUCAUAUGGAGCGCCGACGACAAGCAUACAAGGAUGGACGCCACGCAGACUACAUGACCUUCCCGAUUUCGAGGGUCAGCCAGAGGAAUGGCCAAUAUUCCUGUGUGCGUUCACGGAGACAACUGCAGCCUACCAGUGCACCGAGUUGGAAAACAACCAGAGGCUAGUGAAAGCCCUGAAGGGAGAGGCUCGCGAAACAGUGAAGUCGUUGCUCAUCCAUCCCAGCAACGUUCAAGCUGUUAUGGAGCAGCUACGAUUCCGGUAUGGACGCCCGGAGCAACUGAUCCGCAGCCAAUUGGAGAGCGUGCGCGAAGUGCAGCCGAUUCAGCACGCGGCCACGAUACAGCCGUAUCCGACGGUGGCGCACCUGAGCGAGUGGCUCCAUGAAUUCGCCAAACUGGUGUGCACUGUCACGGACGCCGGAGCCAGGGAACAACCGAAGCGAAGGAUUCUGCACGCGAAUAGUGUUCGCGAGGAGGAGCAAUAUGUCGACCGCCCCAGAUGCUGCCCUAUAUGCGGGGGACAGCACCAGGUCAGGGACUGCAAGGACUUCAUCAGCGCCUCUACAACGACACGGAUCGAGUCCGCGAGGAAGCGACGACUGUGCUUCUCGUGCCUGGAGCCCGGACACAUGUCCCGUUUCUGCAGGAAGAGCCGCGGAUGCAACGUCCUCGGAUGCCAGAUGAGGCAUCACCACCUGCUCCACGAAAUGGGGGCCACAGGAGGGAUCAGGACCGACAGCCGUACAGAGACGGCAACAAUCGGAGGGGAGUGCCACGGUCAGUGGAUUCCAGGGAAAGGAACCAUCCUUACGUCGGCCGCAGUUGUAGACGCGCGACGUGAGCGGGAUGAAGGGCGAUCGGCGUACGAUCGCCAGGAAUUGCCGCACCGAAACCUCAACAUCGACUCAAUUGGAUGCCACCUGCUGAUCAGGAUUCUACCCGUGACGCUGUACGGCGAGAAUACGAAGGUCGACACGUACUCACUGCUGGACAAAGGAUCGUCUGUCACACUCAUCGACAACGAACUCAUCCGCAGCCUGAACCUGAAAGGCGAGAGUCGCCAGCUGAAUGUGCAAUGGUUUGGUGGAAAAUCCGCCAAAGAGCACACGAAGGUGGUCAGCCUGCAGAUCAGCGCAGCGGGCAAACCAAAGCGCCAUGGGCUGAAAAAUGUGUACGGAGUGGCCAAUCUGAACCUUCCGAUGCAGAGCCUGCGUCAGGAGGAUGUACAGGCAGUGAAGGCGAACACGCGUCUGCCGGUGAUGCCGUACAACAAUGCGAUGCCGAGAAUCCUAAUUGGACUGGAUCAUGCGCAUUUAGGAGUACCCUACAGAACCAAAAGUUAUGGAUCUGGAGGGCCGUUUGCAGCAGAAACCGCACUUGGAUGGGUGGUAUAUGGACCGGUGAACGGAAAGCCGAGCUCGCCGCUUCUGAGUUCGUGCCUCCUAGCCGUGCCCCAGGAUGAUCUUCUGGAGAAGAUGGUCAGCGACUACUUCGAGACCGAGAAUUUCGGAGCGAAGCCGGUGCAGCCAGUCGCAGCUAGCAGAGUGGACCUGGAGCCGUCAGUCGGAGAUAGCGGCGACGCACGGGCCCUGAGCACCCUGGAGAAGAUGACCAAACGCGUAGGCCAGAGAUACGAGACCGGGCUGCUAUUGAAGGACGACGAAGUGAGAUUGCCGGAGAGCUACAGCAUGGCCCUUAGGAGGCUCGUCAACAUAGAGCGUAAAAUGAUGCGCGAUGUGGACUUCGCGUCGGCUUACAUCCGGAUAAUGGACGAUUAUGUCAAGAAGGGAUACGCACGACGACUGGAGGCCCAGGAAGUCCAGAGGUUUCAGGAGGGCAAAGUGUGGUACCUGCCGCACUUCGGAGUGGAAAACCCGAAAAAGCCUGGGAAAAUCCGGCUGGUUUCCGAUGCGGCUGCCAAGGUGGACGGUGUGUCCUUGAAUUCAGCGCUACUGAAAGGCCCACAGCGCUACAAGCCCCUCCCAGCAGUGCUCUUCCAUUUUCGGGAAGGAGCGGUUGGAGUUUGA